CGAUCAAAACGUUCCCGGUUAAACGUUCGAAGAUACUUACUCCAGUAAAAUGCGUAGUUGUUUAAGGCCGAAGGUUUUGCUGGCGCUACUGCUGGGAUUGCUCUUGAGCCCGGCGGAGCCUGCCAAUCUGUUGACCAGCUACCUGCCCGCAUCCAUGCAGGCGCUGGCCUACUACAUCGACCUGCUGCAGUACGAGCCGCUUUCCAGCACCACCAUUGAGCCGCCAUUCAACGCAAAUGGCUCUGACAUGGACUCGAAUGGCGGUGGUUCGACGACACCAUUGCCUCCCGCGCCCGCGCCCGCGCUUACGCCCAUCAAGCCCAAAACCACAACCCGACGUCCAGCAGGCUCGGGUUCGGGCUCUGGCUGGUGGCAACCGCCCAGUUGGUGGGAGACACCGCAACGAACUUCGACCACGGAGCGCCCCACCUCGGCCCCCACGCCUGCCCACAGGCCAGCUCUGUUUGCACCCGCCCCAGAGCCGGCGCUCGAGGGUCAUGCCCUUUUCAAUGAAAUCGGAGACGAUGCGGACUUUGACAAGCUGCCCCUUUCGCUGAUACGCGACAUCCAGAGCGAGAUACGGCACGAUGACUUCACAAACGAUGUCGAAUCGCUGGACAAUUUUCUGCGCCUGUACGACGACAACUACGGGCGGGCGGCCUUUGACUUUGAGUCCGCCAUGGACCGCUGGAGCACCGCUUCGACGGCGGGCAAAAAGCGAGUGCCGCCCACCAAGCCCUACGUGGACUUUUUGCUGGUCUACGACCUGCUCAAGCGAGACGCGAAGGCAGCCAAUCUCAACAAGUACGAGGGCUACUCCGAGGACCUCCUCGAGCAGCUUUCGGAGCUGUCCACUGCCUCGGCGGCCAGGCAACUGCACACCAUGUUCCAGAGAAUGCUGGAUCGCGGGGACAUCCAGCGCAGUGAUGUGGUGGCUCGUGUCCAGGGCAUUGUCAAAGAUCUGGGCAACCCCAAUAGUGCCACCUCCAAGGCGUUGUCCUUUAUACCCAGCAUGCAGUUCUUACCCUAAACCUAAGCCUAACUAAGCCAUAAUAAAGUCGAGGAACCUAUUAGCCUCUCCUAUACGUA